AUGGCAACUAGAUCAACAGUGGGCACAUACAAAUUGAAAGUGAAUAUUGCUUCUAAAGAACCAAUUUCAGUCCAUGAUGCUCUGCAAGAUGAUUGUUGGAAAGUUGCUAUGCAAGAUGAGCUUAAGACUUUACACAAAAUCGGAACAUGGACUCUGGUAGAUCUUCCACAAAACAGGAAACCAAUUGGCAGUUGGUGGCUGUUUAAAACAAAGGAAAAUCCUAAUGGCAGCAUACUUAAGCGUAAGGCCCGAUUAGCUGCUCAAGGAUUCAAGCAAAAGUCUGGUCUUGACUAUACUGAGACUUUUAUCCCUGUUAUAAAGUCUUCAAUAAUCAGAGUUAUUCUCACUUUAUAUAGCUAUUUCUCGGGGUUGGCCUAUAAAGCAUCUAGAUGUUAA